ACAAGUGCAUUAAUGAUGCUCGGCAGCUCGGUCCUUCACGAGAGACCCCCUCACGCAGGAUUUCACACACAAAUCAUGAAGGAUUUUUAAGUCACGCCGGAAGAUACCGCGUGAGUCACGGUUUGUCUGGAUACUCACGGUGUGCACCGACGGGUUUUGCCGGUUCGCGAAAGUGAAAUUAGAAACCGCGGAGCUUGCGCAAUUCAUAAGUUUAUGAGUGAGCUAGCUGAAGUCGCUACGACUAGCCGAUUGUGUGAAGAAGUCGGCACAGCCAUUUGUCUCGGGAUGUUGCGGGGUGACUAGUCAACACAGGCAGCGCACUUUUUUUUUCUUUUCCUCUCUCUGAGACAUGUUUCUGCGAGAGGACAGACGGCUGCGAAGCAGUGAGCCGCACGGGAACCCCGGCAGCUUCAUCACCAUGGAUAAAUAACAACAACAAACAUCUGUUGAUGUGAGGGGGAACAAAAAAACAACAUCGGCGACUAUGAACAAGGGAGAGCCGAAGCACGGGGUCUUGUCCACAAGCGAAGACCCCCUCCCCUGCCUUCAUAACCCAAAAGCUGACCCACUGAUGCGGAGCAGACCCCUCAGCGAUAUAUAUCCUUACCAGAGCCACGCUGACAGGAGCUCAGUGCCGUAUCUGCUGUCCGGAUGCGGUGCGCAGGUACAGCCGAUAAGCGCCGGCCCCGACGAGAGCAGACUGAACGGCAUCAACUCCUCCGCCUGGACCAAACCCGUCAUCAGCCAGCCGGAAACGAAGCCUUACUCCUCUAAAAUAAUGAGGCUUUUUUCGAAUUCAAAGAAGGGCCCGGUCACGGCCACCGAGGGUCCCAUCGUGACCCCGAGUAACGAUGGCGGUGGCAGCGGCGGCCUGCAGUCCUGGCCGGGACUUUCGGGGUUGGGUGUCAUGGACUCCUUCAAAAAGCUUCGCUCAUCUGUACUUCAGGGUAUUCAGAACAGAGAGGCAGCGAAUCACGAUGGAGGCCACGUCUCUCAAUCCAGUCAGGAAGCUGCUAACGGCUCGCUUGUGAACAACGCCGACCCCGAUGUAGGAAAUUAUUUAAAGAAUAAAGAAGGACACAGUGUUUCUGAUGAGAAGUUGAACAGUGACAUGUUGACUGUGAUGAGCCAGUACGGCUCAGAUCCCGAAGACUGUGACGACGAGGAAAAUGAAGGAGACGGUCUGACGCGCAGCUCUCGCUUCUCCAGGAGCAUCAGGAGAGCGUACGGAGCGGGACGCAUCGCUUUGUACGACACGAGAAAUGUGAAACAGACGAGAUGCAACGCAAGUGAAGCUGCGCAGAAGUCAGACCGCGCGUCUAAAGUGAAUGUCCAAACAGAGAAGAUGAAUGAAAACGCCAAUGUGAAUGUGCUGACCAGACUGAGCAAAAGUGCAGACAACCUUCAUUUAUUUAAAGCACCUUUUCGACGCAGAGCCCAGUCUCCAGCCCCCGCCUCCUCAGAGGGGGACCCCCAGAGGACCAGCACGUCAAAUGGGAAAUCAAACAUCCAGAGAACUGCGAGCGCCUCCUCGGUCGACUUCUUUGGCAACGCUGACAUGCGCCGGAAGAGCCCAGAGAAGAACAAGAUCCCCGUGCUGAAACUUAGCAUGACCGAUCUGAGUGUCAGACGCAAGCGAAGUCCCUCCCCCAGCCCCACCCCUGUGUCCCCCAUGUCGCCCUCCAGCCGUCUCCAUGACGACUACUCCCGCCGCGUGCCUUGCCUGCAAACCAGCGAACGACAGCGCCGACCUUCCGUCACCAUGUCCCCGGUUGCGUUUUUUGAACACAAUCCUCUGGUCCAUCACCAGAUUUUCAUCAGCUCCUUUAACGCCGACCCCCCAGAGACCGCGGAGCAACUUUCACCUGGUACCCCUGCCGGCUGCGAGUCGCCGGCUGGAGCCGGACCAAGUGAUUAUAAACAGAUGGUGGAACGUGAUUCAUCCCCACUCGGCCAAAGAGAGUCUCCACGGCAGCAGGAAGAGACUGACGGCAGCUCGAUACCAAACAAGGUAACAUCCGACCAACAAGAACCAGAGGCUCUUCUCCAGACACAUCAAGACUUGCCAACAGCCAGCAGCACGCCGCCUGUCUCCCCAGUAAGCCUCUCCUCCGAGUCCACGGCGUCCCCAACGUCGCCCACCGAUGCAGCAGCUUCUGCAGAAUCAUCAUCAUCUGUCAAGCCCAGACGAAGAAGUGGGCGGCCGAAACCUCGACCCAUCUCUGCCUACGGACAGCUAGUCUCCAGGAAGCAUUCCAUCCCAGAGGAAGUGGGAGAGCUUCAUGUUGAGGAACGGACAGGAAGUGCCCCGCUGCAUAAAGACAGCAGUGGCAGCGGCACUUUUGGCGAUGGAGAGAACUCCGAAGGCUGCAGCAUCGAUGAGGAUGUUCAGAGCUGGAGGCAGAGGCCCGUUUCAGUGAUUGGAUCUGCGGAUCUGUUCUCCCCUGAAGCUGAGCUCAAGGACGAUCGCCUUCCCUCUCCUGUGUCGCGACCACCGAUCCCCUCCCACCAGGUGCCCCCCUACAGAGGGAGGUCUGCCAGGUUUCGCCCCCACGCUUUUUUCCAGAGCACCCCCACCGGUCUGGACUGCGUAGGGCGGCGCAAGCUCCGCAGAGUGCUCAGUGACGGCGUUUCCGAGUGCUCGGCGAUGCUCGACGACAGCGUGAGCGAGGAGGAGGAGGGCAGCUUCGAGGAGCUCACCGACAUCUACCUCCAGCCAGGGGUGGAGCUCUCCGUGCUGAACGAGUGGAUAAGCUGUGGCCACACAGUGUGCGCCGAAGCCCUCUGGGACCAUGUGACCAUGGAGGAGCAGGAGCUGGCCUUCAAGGCCGGGGAUGUGGUCCGCGUCCUGGACGCCUCGCACAAGGACUGGUGGUGGGGCAAAGGGGCCGACAGGGAGGCCUGGUUCCCCUCCAGCUUUGUGAGGGUCCGCGUGAACCAGGAGGACUCGAGCACUGAAAGCGUGGAGAGUGUGGCGGACCAGGAGGAUCCGUCUCCCAGGGACACACACAGCAAUCAGCACCGAGAACAGAUGAGGACCAACGUGAUUCAGGAGAUUAUAAACACUGAGCGUGUUUACAUCAAACACCUCAAAGACAUCUGUGAGGGCUACAUCCGUCAGUGCCGGAAACACCCCGAUAUGUUCACUGAAACGCAGCUGGAGACCAUCUUCAGCAACAUCGAAGACAUCUACAAGUUUCAAAGGCAGUUUCUUAAAGAGCUGGAGAAGAAGUACAACAAAGACCAACCACACCUCAGUGAAAUCGGCUCCUGCUUCCUUCUGCAGGGAGAGGGUUUCUCGAUCUACUCGGAAUACUGUAACACUCAUCCUGCGGCCUGUGCAGAGCUGCAGCGCCUCAUGAAGAUGGGGAAAUACAAACAUUUCUUUGAGGCCUGCCGGCUUCUCCAGCAGAUGAUCGACAUUUCCAUCGCUGGUUUCCUACUCACGCCUGUCCAGAAGAUCUGUAAAUACCCUCUACAGCUGGGGGAACUGCUGAAGUACACCCCCAAAGACCACAGUGAUCACAGCGGUGUGAGCCAAGCACAUGAAGCGAUGAAGAACGUGGCCAGCUUGAUCAAUGAGAGGAAGAGACGACUUGAGAGCAUCGACACCAUCGCUCACUGGCAGGUCUCCAUUCUGCGCUGGGAGGGGCCUGACGUCCUGGAGCGCAGCUCAGAGCUGAUCCACUCGGGGGAGCUGACUCGAAUCGUCCGCCAAGGGAAAAUGCAGCAGCGCAGCUUCUUCCUGUUCGACCACCAGCUGAUCUACUGCAAGAAAGACGUGCUGCGGCGAGACCUGCUCUACUACCGCGGGAGGCUGGACAUGGACCUGACCGAGGUGUUGGACGUGCCCGACGGGCGGGACGCCGACCUGGGCCUCACCCUGAGGAACGCGCUGCGCCUGCGGCACGCCUCCACGCUGGAGUUCAUGUGCAUGCUGUGCUGCAGGAAGCCCCAGGACAAGCAGAAGUGGUUACAAGCGUUCGCCAAGGAGAGGCACAGAGUGAAGGAGGACCAAGAGAUGGGAAUGGAUAUUAGUGAAGAGCAAAGAAAACAGGCCAUUGUUAAUGCCAGGAGGGCCAAACAGGGGAAGAUCAAAACUCUCGGUUACUCCGGCUCUGUCCCGCCACACCACCAAAACCUCCACCCGCUCCACCAGCGUCACAUCACCAUCCCCACCAGCGUGCCUCAGCAGCAGGUCUUCUCCCUGGCCGAGCCGCCGAGACGAAAGCCUUCCAACCUGCUGUACAGCAUCACCCGUAACGCCUUCUUUAGGAAAUGAGGCUUUGCUUCCUUUUCCUUCCUUUUUUUUUUUUUUUUUUUUUCAUUCUCUGCAUGUUCAGAGCUUAUCCAAACCGUCCUGAAGUCUCAAAAGAACACUUUAUGUUUUACUGUCUGUGACCGUGCCUCCUGUAUCUUCCAUUACAUCAAGUCAUAAUGUGUUUUUGUUGUUGUAGUUGUUGCAUGCCGAAAUACAGUGCCUACAAGACAGAACGGGCGCGACGAAAGUGUUAAAAUACUGACUCUGUCUGUUUUCGUUGGUGUGUUUGAAAUGCUGCUUACUCAAAAGAUGCCCAUCUUUUGUCCAUUUAAUUCCGGCUCAACUAUUUUUAAGUUUUAAUUGUGACAACAAUGAUGUAUGUUCAGCUCUUUGUUGUUGUUAAACAUGGUUUUAGUGUGUGUCACAAAGGCUGGAACCUUUUUUUUUUUUUUUUCUUUGCUGCGAGUUUGUCAGCUCUGAGCACAAAACAGCCAGAGGAUAAAUUAACCUACAUAUUCAUCACCACUGUUAACACUGUAAAUAAAACUCUUGUACAAAC